AUGACUGAAAACGAUCAACUAGAGCCGGAAAAUAAGGAUUUGAAGGCGAAAGAAUCGGAGAGUUCUGCGGUACAGCCUGAAGCCGAGACUUCUGCUGAAGAUAUUGUGGAGAAGGCUUUGACAGAGGAGAUGAGUAAAGAUGACGCUUCAACAGCUCACAAAUCGUUUAAGAAAAUGACCGACGAUGAGUUGAAAGUUGAAAGCGAGACUCCGGAGAUGGAGCAAAAACGUCGGGAGGCAGGACAAUUGGCCGCUACUUCCGUCUCGGCCAAGACAGAAGUAAGUGCUGAGACAGAGGCGGUAGAUGAGAAAGAGGCAGAAGAAGAAGAAGAAGAAGAAGCAGCUGAAAAGACAGUAGGGUCUGUAGGAAUGGCACAGACGGUAGGCCAUACAGAAUCAACAGAGUCGACAGCCAAUUCGGUUGAUUCCCAAUCACAACAAACCGAGACCUCUGCAAAAAGCAUGUCGACAUCGUCAUUCAAAUCGACAAAGUCAUCAACGUCAUUGGAAGGUCUCCGUAAGUGGUUUACUUUUGGCAAGAAUGGUAACGAGGUAACGACUAAGGAAACGAUGAGAUAUCUAAAGAAGGCGGAGAAUUUCAAUUUGGCGCUCUCGAGGUUCAGAGAGAAUAAGGAGGCACUGCUAUUACAGCCAGAAAGGGACCAAGAGGCUGUCAAUACGUGUGCAAACAACUUAAGAAAGACUUUCAACGAGAUCAAAACAGGCAUCGAGAUUAGCCAUGACGAGUUAUUAAUUGAAGGAAUCGAUUGGGAGUUCUGGUCGGCCGUAGUGAAUGAUUAUAGUGUUGUUGUUAGAGAGAAACCAAAAGAGCUACUUGACAAUAUAUCUCGCGGUAUACCCAAAGAGUUGAGAGGAAUGGUUUGGCAGCUCAUUUGUAACUCGAAGUCUUUGCUACUCGAAGAAUUUUACCGUACAGGUAAAACGAGGAACAGUAGUUAUGAGAAGUUGAUAAAAAGAGAUUUGGCUCGGACUAGUUUUGUUACGAAUAGCGAGGUGAGGACCAAAAUCGAUGACUUAUUUGAUGUUAUAAAAUGCUACAGUCUGUAUGAUAAAGAGGUCGGAUAUACGCAAGGUAUGGCAUUCAUUACGGUUCCUUUAUUGAUGAAUAUGGAUGCUAGCGAGGUAUUUUGCAUGCUAGUGAAGCUCAUGAACAACUACGGAUUCCGUGAAUUGUAUCUUCCGGAGAUGCCAGGACUUCAUUUGAAGUUGUAUCAAUUUGACAGGCUUUUGGAGGAUCAAUUACCGGACUUGUAUCUUCACUUGCAGAAGCAGGGAGUGAAAUCCUCCAUGUAUGCUACACAAUGGUUCCUUACUCUCUUUGGAUACAAAUUCCCGCUUGAUAUGGUUCUUCGAAUUUAUGAUAUUGUCAUUGCCGAGGGUAUUGAAUCGAUUCUCCGGUUUGCUUUGAACUUGAUGCAAAAAAAUCACGAGCGUUUGCUUACGUUGAGGUUUGACCAACUACUUGAAUUUUUGAAAGAGCAGAUUUUCUUCCACUACUUGACAGCAGAUUCGGGGGAAAUCAGCCUUGAGACUUAUAGAUUGGAUGACUUUGUGAGUGAUUCAAUGAAUGUCAACAUUCUCCCUCUUAUGCUUAACCGUUAUGAAGCCGAGUUUAAUGAGAUCCAAAGACUUGAAAGGGAGAGAAAGCAGGAAGUGGAAGGGCUUCGUAAUCAGAACAGUGAAUUACUCAAGGAUAUUCGACAGAUUGAAGCUGCCUAUGCUACGCUUAAUAAGGGACACGUGGGAAUAGCCAACGAAAUGGUCAAGGGUAAAGUGGGGAUAGCUAAUCUUCGAGAGGAGAAUCAGCAGCUAAAGGAGAAAAUAUCAGAAACUACUACACGGCUGGCCAAGUUGAGUACACAGACCGAUUUACAUGUCGAUUUUAGUGGAGAAAUCUCCAACACUUUGGAUCUGGAAAUCCAGAAAACCAUGGAGAGAAACUUCGAAGUUAUGGAAGAAAAUGCACAACUGGAGGAGACGUUAGCAUCCUUGGACAAAGAACGUGAGAGUUUGAGAAAGGAAAUACAUAGAAAAUCAAAGUGGUCUCUACCCAAGAAGCGUCUUUGGUAA